UUGUUAUUUCUGACACCAGGUAGAGUCUGUCUAGAAAAAACCGAGUCGGUUCUAUAACCUACAAAAAACCUACCAAAAACACGUCCUCGUGUCUGUGCUUAUCUCACAAUCAGUUUGGUUUUAACGAAGUUGUAAGUGUAUUAUAACAAUGUAUUGUGAUAAAAAGUGCGGAAAACAGUCUGAAGAUCAUCCUGGUCAUCGAAAUCGGAAAAGAAAAUUCAUUGGAAACCGAUUUUCGAACGAAAACGAGACGGAAUUCGCUAGCACGUCGGCGAAGAAAUUAGCAGGUUCCGACGAUUUAGACGCGAUUGUUACACCAAGUCAUGUGUUUGCAAUAAUAAAUUUUACACUUGUUUUUUCUUCUCUCUCUAACAUUUUAAAGUAUAAAACAUGUAAUGGCGAUGUGACUUUUGGGAAAAAAGACGAACAAGGCUUAGGUUUUCAACUCGCUGUAAAAUGCAAAUGCGGAGACUCUUUUAUUUAUUCUUGUGAAAAGAUAGCCAACAAGUCAUAUGAAAUAAAUCGAAGAUUAGUUUUUGUCAUGCGAUUGCUAGGAAUUGGAAUAAAAGGAAUCAAUACUUUCUUGGGUUUGAUGGAUCUUGGAAAAAAAAUGAGCAUAUCAACGUACUACUCUACGGUCGACAAUAUAUUCGUUUCUGCAUGCGCAGUGUUCAAUCAAGUCAUCAAAAAAGCAGGUUGCCAGGAAAAAGAAAAAAAUGCUGCGGAUGGAAAUGAAGAAAAUAAACUCAUCGUAUCAGGAGAUGGAACAUGGAGCAAACGUGGUUUUUCUUCUCUGUUUGGUGUGGUAAUUGUAAUUGGACAUUAUACUAGUAAAAUACUCGACGUUUUGGUGAAGUCUAGUUUUUGUAAAUCUUGUACCAUAAAUAAACAAAAAUUAGAGGAAACGGAAUAUGAAACAUGGUAUAGCGAGCAUGUACAAGAUUGUCUUGCAAAUCACAAAGGAAGUGCCGGAGGUAUGGAAGUUCAAGGCAUGUUAGAAAUAUUUGCAAGAGCCGAAGAUCUACACGGCGCGAAAUAUAAAAAGUACAUUGGGGAUGGCGAUACCAAGACGUUCGAAGCUCUAUCGCAACAGGACGAAGAAGUAGAAAAUAAAGAGUGUGUAAACCACGUGCAAAAAAGGAUGGGUUUGAGACUUCGUAACGCAAAAAAAAUGGACCAAAACUUAGGUGGACGAGGUGUCGGAAAACUGACAGACAGAUUGAUAAACAAAUUGACUAUUUAUUAUGGACUCGCAAUAAGACGUAACCCCAAUGACGUUGACAAAAUGAUUAAUGACAUGUGGGCUACUUUUGAACACAAAAUUUCAACGAACGAAAAACCUAUGCACGAACGUUGUCCAAGCGGGCCGGCUUCAUGGUGCAAGUGGCGGCAAGCUGAAGCGGCUGGAACUUUGAGCAGCUACAAUCAUCGCCCUCCUCUCGACUCUAAGGUGCAGGAAGUCAUUCGAACGAUAUAUGAAGAUUUGUCAUCGCAUGAUUUACUGAUUCGUUGCCGUGGAGGAUUUACUCAAAACAAUAACGAGAGUUUCAACAAAACUAUUUGGCAGUUCGCACCAAAACACGUUUUCAGCGACUCUAAUAUCAUUCAAAUAGCCGCAUUUCUAGCCACCUGUAUUUUCAAUGAAGGUUUCAAACCUAUUUUGAAAAUUAUGGAAACCAUGGGCAUCACCAUCGGCCCAUAUGCAGACCUAUUUGCCUCUAAUCGUGACGCAGAGCGCAUAAAAGAUGCAGAGCGACGAACGUUCUAUCAUUCCGUGGAACAAAGAAUGGCUCGAAGUAACGAGAAUUUGAAUACCCGGCGCAAUUUUGAGGAAACUGAGGGGUUACUCUAUGGGCCUGGAAUAGCUGAUUAGCUCUGUUUCAGACAAAUUUUAAGGCCUGGAGAACUUCCGCCAGGACGCCAUGGUUGGCGCGCAGAGAUUUUGGCUGCUGCAUAUUCCGCUGCAGUAAAUUAAUAAAAUUGACUAAAAGUUUUUUUUAAAUAUACUUUAAAGUGUAAUAAAUACAAUAUA